AUGCUUAUCGUAGAUGUCAACGAAUGCAAGAAAGGUCUACAUGGAUGCCAUGCUGACGCCACGUGUAACAACACUGAGGGUUCUUACAAUUGCUUCUGCAAAGUAGGAUUUGCCGGGGACGGAAGAAACAGCUGCAUAGGUAAGGGUGCAGUUGUGUGACAACUCUUUCCACUAUUUUUUCAAACAAGGCGCGAAAAGAUUACCACGCACUCCCAUGAAUUUCGGAGUGCGCCAAAGGUAUGUUUGCUAUCAGUUAGGCAGCUACAUGGCCUACGACAAUAACACUUCACUCAUUUUUUGUCUAUCCACCCUGAACCAGAGUUUAAAGCUGUCUUUACAAACCUUGGUUCGACUGCAGCUGGUGGUCCAAGCUCAAUUGGCAGUCACUAUACCGGGCAAGAUCAUGACGGACAAGUUACCGUGUCCAGCGGUAUUCAAUUGUGGACUGUGCCAUACACUGGAGAAUAUAGAAUAGAAGCAAUAGGAGGUGCAGGUUGGUACGGUAAGAACAGUGUCGUCCAGAACGGAGGAAGAGGAGCCAAGUUGACCGGAAACUUUAUUUUGACCAAAGAUGAGAUCAUCCGUAUACUUGUUGGACAUAAAGGGAAAAGAGGGCCUAACUCCAAAACAACUACAGGAGGCGGGGGAGGUACAUUUGUGGUGAGAGGAAGCAAUACGCCUUUAAUCAUAGCUGGAGGUGGAGGGGGGAUUAAAAACAUGUCAGAACAACAUUCAGGAUGUGAUGCAUCCCUAAGCACCACAGGGAAUGCAGGGUACUCCUCGCCAUUGGGGUCAGGAGGAACUGGCGGAAAUGGAGGAGGUAGCGCUGGUAAUAGGCCAGGUUAGUAAAAUGAGAUUUACCCAAUCAUCUUCAAACCAGGGGUACUGUGAGAUGAUAGAAAAAAAUUUUACACGAGUUAAAAAACCCAUAUUUAUGGCAAUCAUUGGGGCUCAUUCAUCAGAAGCACACACUUCAAAAAGUCGAAAACUUUGCAGAAUCUUAGUUCACUUGAAUGUAGCUCGUUCACUUAAAUUCUUACUUCACUUGCGCCCGUGUUACAUUAUUUUUAAGCCACCAAGUCUACGAAUACACAUUAGGUCAUAAGCGUUAACAAGGUAGACAUUUGCACAGUUAUCAAGGUUGUUGAUUAAUUGGGUGACACAGCAAAAGCAUUGCGGGAAUCAUACAGACCUUUUUUUUUUUAAGCAAGGAUUCGACUUUCGUAUUCCUUAAGGCAGAGCAUAGAAAAACAUAGAACUAAGUUAUUAAUAAAAGAAAAUAGGUAUUCUCCCGACCUUUAUAUAGAUGCGCUCCGGUACAAUUAAAGAGAUCACUGGAAAUUUUCUUUUUCGCUUUAGGUGGCGGCGGCGGCGGCUUUUACGGCAAUGGGGGAGGAGGAGGUAAAGGUGGUAAGGGAUUUCUGAACGGUGGAAAGGGUGGAACGUAUAACGGUGGGUUCGGAGGUGGCGGCAGUAAUCCAGCUUACUCUGGGGGAGCUGGCGGCGGUGGAGGUUACUCUGGGGGAGCUGGAGGUACUAAUGAAGAUCCCUCUUGUGGUGGAGGAGGAGGAUCUUUUAACAGUGGAACAAAUCAGGAAAAUGAAUGUUGUUAUAAUACGGUUGGAAAUGGUAGAGUGACUAUCACCUUGAUCGAGUGA